AUGUUUAUUAUUGUGUCAUCACUGCACAAACACCACGGUGCCAACAAGCCAGUGAUCGUGGUCCGAGUGGGUAACAACAGGCCUGACCUCGGCACCAACCCGAUCUGCAACCGCUUCACUGGAUUCAUAGAAGAAGGCCAGCCACUCUUCCUUCCCUGCAACCCUCCGAUGCCUGGAGCAUUCGUCAGUGUGCACUUGGAAGCGUCAACACCGUCUCAGCUUUCUAUCUGCGAAGCUUUCGUGUAUACGGACCAGGCGUUGCCGAUCGAGAGAUGCCCUCAGUUUCGGGAUCAACCACCCGGCAGUACGGCGACUUACAAUGGAAAAUGCUACAUAUUUUACGACCGGCAGCCAGCGUCGUUCAGAGAUGCUCUAGGAUUCUGCCGCUCAAGGGGUGGAACCCUGGUGGAUGAGAGCAACCCCGCCCUGCAAGGAUUCAUCAGCUGGGAGCUGUGGCGCCGACACCGAAGUGACAGUAGCAGCCAGUACUGGAUGGGAGCAGUGAGAGACCCACAGGACCCCGCUAACUGGAAGUGGGUGAAUGGAAAUGACGUCACAGUUUCCUUCUGGAACGCUCCAGGUGGCGGUGAAGGAUGUGCCCGCUUCGACGGCAGCAAGGGCUGGCUCUGGGCCGACACCGAAUGCCAAGCAAGAUUGAACUACAUCUGCCAACACCAACCGAAAGCUUGUGGUCGUCCUGAACAGCCUCCGAACUCUACCAUGUCGGCAGACAGCUUCGAAGUGGGAGCCUCCGUGGAGUAUUCGUGUGAUGAUGGACAUCUUCUUGUAGGACCCACAGUCAGGACAUGCCUUGAUACUGGUUUCUACGACGAAUUCCCACCAGUUUGCAAACGUAUCGAGUGCGGCUUCCCAGCGGAGAUCCCUCACGGAUCGUACGAGCUGAUCAACGGGUCCAUCUCCUAUCUAUCACACGUUCAGUACGACUGCGAGCCUGGUUACGAAAUGGUGGGCAGGUCGAGGCUCGUGUGUGACAUCGACGAGAGGUGGAACGGGCCACCACCCAGAUGUGACGUGGUCCAGUGCGAGGAUCCUCCUCAAAUUGCUAACGGUCGAGUGUAUAUCAGCCACAACACCUCAGUUUUCGGCUCAGUGGCCGAGUACACGUGCGGUAGAGGGUUCAAGCUGGUCGGAGCCAAACGCAUAGCCUGUCUAGCCACCGGUCUUUGGGACAAACCAGCGCCUAACUGCCAAUUGGAGGAACGUUCGACAACGACUCCAGUGACAACGAGCACGGCACCAAUAACUACUACUGCGGCUCCACCCCCUCCCACUCCCACCAGCCCUCGCAUUGUCCUCCCAACGAGACCACGGACUUCUCCUCGCCCAUUGUCCUCCCCAACACCAUUUGCCACCGCAACGUCGGAGCCACCACGCAGACUCCGGCCAAAACCGACCACAGACCGACCAACCACAAGAACAUACGAACGACCUCCAGAAAGGAAGACCACAGUACCAGAUAAUCAAGACUCUCCCACCAGUCACAUACCUCACAUCAUUGUAGCGAGCCAUCCAAGGGAAAACCAGAUCGUGGGCAGCGGUAACAACAUCAGAGCCGAGCAGACACCACGUGUGAACGUACCUCAGCCGGUAGACGGCGAGCGUCGCGACCCAGUGGGCGCCAGGUUAAACAUUGGCGCUGUCGUCGCUCUUGGGGCUUUUGGAGCACUCGUCUUCCUCAUAGCCAUCAUCACCACAAUAGUAAUCCUCGUCCGAAGGAAGCAGAACGAUUGCAAGCGGUACAGACACCACGUGUCGCCUGACUGCAACACGGUGGGCUCACUGGACUCAUCGUCGUCGGAGUCCCGGAGCGGGCUGAACCGGUACUACCGGCAGGCGUGGGAGGAGCUGCACGAGGCGGCCGGGGCCAAGCACGCGCACCGCCGGCACGAGCGCGAGGCGCCCAAGGACGGCUCCGAGCUGGUCGUGUCGGACGUGUACCCGGCGCACCACGCGCGCGACAAGCGCCGCCACCACCACCACCACCACCACCGCGAGCCCCGCCACCCUGACUGGCACUCCCCGCAUCGCCCACCCCACAACCAUAAACCUAGAUACUAA